AUGAAUAAUACUCAAAUAUAUCCACAAACACCCGUCCAAACCACCACUCCACCACAUACACGACAGCCACCUCCCACAAAAACACCAACUAUUUCUCACCACACUGCUACCUCACACAAUGCUCGUAGCCAGCGAAGCACCACACUUUUGUCAACCGCUCUCGUGAAACUCGCCGAUCGCUUCGGAAAUACGGUCAUCGCUCGUGCAUUGCUGGAUAACGGUUCUCAAAUAUGCAUGAUAACAGAGAACCUGUCUCAAAGGUUGAAUUUCAAGCGUUCACACGAGAACUUGCCUGUGAAAGGUGUUGGUGAUUCUAUGACAGUGUCGAAACAAUCGGUGUUAGCGAGGAUCCUGUCACGUUAUUCUUCAUUCGAAACCAAGGAUGUGAAAUUUUAUGUGUUGCCUCGAAUUACUGUGAAUCUGCCGCAGACAACUAUUGACAUCAGUUCCUGGAAGCUGCCAUCAGACAUCUGCCUAGCUGAUCCAAGGUUCCACGAAUCCAGUGCGAUAGAUGCAGUCCUUGGCGUAUCAGUUUUCUACGAGUUGCUGCUGAGUGAGCAGUUGAAACUAUCGGAUUCUGGUCCGAUUUUACGAAACACCGAACUGGGUUGGAUAGUUGCUGGAGAAAUAACUGAUAGUCCAGUCACCACGUUCAGCGCUGUUACAGUCUCAGUCACCACAGAAGAGAUACACGAGCAGUUAGCACGUUUUUGGGACUUGGAGUCAUGCCGAACGAAGAGCUGUCUUUCCGUCGAAGAAUCUACGUGUGAAUCGAUUUUCGAGCAGACGACAACGAGAGACGCUGAUGGAAAAUUUCGAGUGGUGCUACCGAAGAAGCAGUUCAUGAUGGAACAUUUGGGAAGGUCGAAGGAGAUAGCAACCAAACGGUUCAUGGGCUUGGAGCGCCGUCUGACUGCAAAUCCCGAAAUGAAGGCUCUCUAUACUGAAUUCAUCCACGAGUAUUUACUGAUGGGCCAUAUGCGAGAAGUACGUAAGGAGGAGGAAGAACCUAUCCACAGCUAUUAUUUGCCACACCAUGCAGUCAUGAAACCGGACAGUACGACAACGAAGCUCAGAGUUGUUUUUGACGCCUCAUGUGCUACAGAUUCUGGAGUUUCCCUGAACGACACACUGAUGGUAGGACCGGUGGUCCAAGACGAUUUGCUGUCAGUACUUCUUCGUUUCCGCCUCCAGAAGUACGCUAUAGUCGCUGACGUAGAGAAAAUGUAUCGAAUGAUCAACGUAGUCGAACAAGAUCAGCCAUUGCAAAGGAUUCUUUGGCGAGAGUCCGUCGAUCAGCCAAUUCGAACGUAUCAGUUGAGUACAGUGACUUACGGCACUUCGUCAGCGCCGUACUUAGCAACUCGAAGUCUGAAUAAGUGUGCCGAAGAAGGAGAACAGGCGUACCCUGCAGCAGCCAAGGUUGUAAAGCGCAAUUUCUAUGUCGAUGACAUGCUAACUGGUGCGAAAUCUGUCAAGGAAGGACAAAGCCUUUGUCGCGAUAUUUCGUCGCUACUCAGUUCUGCUGGUUUCAAUCUCCGGAAGUGGCACUCUAAUCAGCCAGCAAUCUUAAAGGCAAUUCCAAGUUAUUUGCGAGACAAGCGAGAACUUUUAGACAUCGAUUGGUCGUCUACCGUGAAGACCCUUGGACUAUGUUGGGAGCCAGCUACGGAUAAGUUCUGGUUCAAAAUGUCACUCUGGAAGCAGUCGUUACCUAUUACGCAACGUAUCGUUCUUUCUGACUCCGCUCGUUUGUUCGAUCCGUACGGAUUAGCAGGGCCAGUGAUUGUGCAGGCGAAGAUGUUUCUCCAAGAGCUUUGGAAAAAGAAGUAUUCUUGGGAUGAACCGUUGAGCGCAGAUCUGCAGUCACAAUGGCUACAGUUCCGGACAAAGUUGGAUCGACUGGAUGCAGUUUCCGUUCCCCGCUGGAUCGCAUUCGACGAUAAUGUGAUUUCAAGUGAGCUACACGGAUUCUGUGACGCCCCGGAGAAAGCGUAUAGAGCAGUGAUCUAUCUGCGAGUACAGCUUGCCGAGAGUUCUGUUUGGUGGAAUGGGCCUGAGUGGCUUCAAGAGGAUUCCAGUACAUGGCCGAAGAUGAGUGACAGCACAGUACAGCAGUUGGAUUCAAUUACGCUUGAGGAAAAGUCGUUGAUAGCAGAUGUAGUGCAGGAACUACCGUCUGAUACGUCUGAUACGUUGAACGUCCGACAAGCAUCACGCAAGAUGGCUACUGUUAAGUGUUACCUGCACGUAUUCGUCUGCCUAAUAGUCACAGCAGUCUAUAUAGCGAUGAUAGCAGAUUUUAGAACUGAGGCAUUCCUGGCUGCCUGCCUAGAGGAAAUUACAAGAAUUCAGUUGAGAAGAUGGAGUCAAGUUCAGCGGUUUAGUCAAGUCUUAUGGAAAAGAUGGUCGACAGAUUAUUUGUCCGACCUUCACAACCGAAACAAGUGGACGAGGAGAAGAGACAACUUGCACAUUGGAACGAUGGUCCUACUGAAAGAAGACAAGUUGCCUCCGUUGCAGUGGCAUUUGGGACGAGUGACGGAGAUCCACCCAGGCGCCGAUGACAUCAUUCGAGUAGUUACAGUUCGUACGCAGUAUGGAACUUUCCGUAGAGGUAUCCAGAAGAUUUGUAUACUUCCCAUCCGGGACAAUCAGCAUCUAGUCGAGCACGCUCAGUAG